UCUUUUUGCCCUUUGCCUGGGCGUGAAUUUUUAGGUCUAGGCUAGGGCACGAACGAAUGUUGCAGGAUGCGGCCAAGCUGGCGCUGGGCUGCGCAUUGGUGGCGCGCGAGCUCCUCACCUCCGCCAGAUCCUCCUCCUCCUUGCUCGUCUCGCUCACUGAUCUCGCCGGAUUGACCAGGGGCCGCAUCCAUCACGCCAUCGCGGCGCCUGUGGCAUCGCAUCAUCACCAAUCGCCACGCCCGCAAGCUGAGGUACGAGUAGAAUCGAAGCAGAAGCCCAUCGAUGCGGUGGACGGUGAGAGAAUUUCAGUGGCGCCACCGCCACCUCCGCCACUGCCGCCACCGCCGCCGCCGCUAACAGCCGGUAACGAGCAUCUCUCCCAGUUCAAGCCCGCCCGCAAGGUGAGGAAGCCGCGAGAGAGGCGCGUCCCAUCGACGCCCAUGGGCAGGAUCAUGGGCUUUGCUGGAAUGGGAGCUGGGCUUGCAUGGGGCACUGUCCAGGAAUCCGUGAAACGAGCGUGGUCGGGCCAGGGGCAAUCCGGUGGCGAUGCGCUGCUCUCCCCGUUCCUGAGCGACAAGAAUGCCGAGCGUCUUGCUCUUGGCCUGUGCCGGAUGCGCGGGGCAGCUCUCAAGCUCGGACAGAUGCUUAGCAUCCAGGACGAGACGAUCAUUCCUGCACCGAUUUUGGCUGCUCUCGAGACUGUUCGUCAAGGUGCUGAUGUUAUGCCCAAGCAGCAGUUGCAUGAGGUGCUUGUCGCUGAGCUCGGGCCGGAGUGGAGAGAACGUUUACAAAUUUUCGAUGAUCAGCCUAUGGCUGCUGCAAGCAUUGGACAGGUCCACCGAGCAACGUUAAAAGGAGGUCAGCUGGCGGUGAUGAAGAUACAAUAUCCUGGCGUUGCCAAGAGCAUUGACAGUGACAUAGACAAUGUCAAAUGGCUGCUGGAGCGCACCAAUCUUUUACCCCGGGGUUUGUACCUUGACCAGGCUAUCAAGGUUGCGAAAUCUGAGCUGGCGUUGGAAUGCGACUACUAUGUGGAAGCAGCAAGUCAGAAAAAGUUCAAGGAGUUGCUAGCAGGCGAGCAGGAGUUUUAUGUUCCCGUCGUGUAUGACGAGUUGAGCAGCAAGCGCGUGUUGACAACUGAGUUCGUGCCAGGUGUUUCGAUCGAUAAGGUUGCGACGAUGGAGCAGAGCGUUCGGAACCACGUAGCCAGUCAGCUUUUGAACCUGACCUUGAGGGAGCUGUUUGAGUUUCGCUUCAUGCAGACGGAUCCAAACUGGAGCAACUUCUUAUACGAUGAGGGUUCGAAACGGAUCAACUUGAUAGAUUUUGGUGCUGCUCGACACUAUCCAAAACGCUUCGUAGACGACUACUUACAAAUGGUUAUGGCGUGUGCCAACAGAGACCGGGGCAAAGUCGUGGACAUGUCCAUCAAGCUUGGCUUCUUAACCGGCGAGGAAGCAGACGUGAUGCUGGAUGCACACACGGAGGCAGCGUUUGUGGUCGGCCUGCCGUUUUCAGAGGAUGGAGGCUACGACUUCCGCAGUUCAAAUCUCACGUCCCGCGUCUCCGCGCUGGGGGCAACGAUGCUGAGACAUCGCUUGAAGCCACCACCCGACGAGGCCUAUAGCCUCCACAGGAAGUUGUCUGGAGCGUUUCUGGCAUGCAUCAAGCUCGGGGCAGUGGUGCACUGCAGGAGAAUGCUACUCGACGUCUACCACAAGCAUGCUACGGCAGUGGAAGCCGUGGCAGGCUAACGAGAUGAGUUCUUGCUCAAUAAUGUCCCGGAGCACCUCGAGAGGUAGCAGGCCUUCUGUCCGGACGACUGGAUCCCUGUCCAGGUUUUUGGUCACAAACAGCAGCGUCGGCAGUCCUCGCAGCUGAGAAUAAAAGUCGCAUUUUUUUGGCCA